UAGAGACCAAGAUUUUUCCCAACAACCUUCUCCUAAAUAUUUUUCUUUAUAUCAUUCUCUAUAUAUUACUCUAGUCCAUCUCUCACUUCUCUCAUUCACAACAAAUUCACUGAAUUCUUCACUGCCAAAACCAAAAAAACGGCAGAAGAUUUCUUCUCAUUUCUUUACUCCCUCAACUGCACCAAUUCAUCAUUCACCGAUCAAUUUUUAACAACAAUUUUGUCCUGACAAAAUGGAUGCCCUGCUGCUUGCCGCCAUAAUUGUGGGCACAUCGACGUACCUUUUAUGGUUUCAUCUUUUAGCUCGGAAGCUCACCGGCCCAAAAGUCUGCCCACUUUUCGGCAGUCUCCCAUUUCUUUACCUGAACCGGAGAAGAAUACACGAUUGGAUAGCCGGAAACCUCCUGUCCACCGGGGAAGCUGCCACGUACCAAACAACCACAAUCGCCAUCCCAUUUCUAGCACGUAAACAAGGCUUCUAUACCGUCACAUGUCACCCGAAAAACAUCGAGCACAUCCUCCGAACCCGGUUCGAUAACUACCCGAAAGGGCCCACGUGGCAGACCGCCUUCCAUGAUCUCUUGGGACAGGGAAUCUUCAACAGCGACGGUGACACGUGGCUGAUACAGAGGAAGACCGCGGCACUGGAGUUCACGACCCGGACACUUCGCCAGGCGAUGAACCGGUGGGUGAACCGGACCAUCCGAACCCGGUUAUGGGUCAUCUUGGAGAAAUCCUCAAGAGACCACGUCGCGGUUGACUUGCAAGACUUGUUACUACGUUUGACGUUCGACAACAUUUGCGGGCUUACCUUCGGGAAAGAUCCAGAAACUCUUUCACCGGAAUUACCGGAGAACCCAUUUGCCCUUUCAUUUGAUUCUGCAACGGAAGCCACUCUACAGAGGCUGCUUUACCCGGGUUUUCUAUGGAGAAUAAAGAAGCUAUUCAAUUUCGGAGCUGAAAUGAGGCUGAAGAAAAGCCUUGAAGUCGUGGAGAAUUACAUGACGGAAGCUUUGGACGCAAGAAAAGAAUCUCCUUCGGAUGAUCUCUUAUCCCGCUUCAUGAAGAAACGUGAUGCGGACGGAAACUUCUUCCCCAGUUCAGUCCUCAAGCGCAUCGCGCUCAACUUCGUGUUAGCCGGACGGGAUACUUCCUCCGUCGCGCUGAGCUGGUUCUUCUGGCUCGUCAUGAAUAACCCCCGGGUCGAACAGAAGAUCAUAACCGAAUUAACCACCGUCCUACGAGAAACCCGGGGGGAUGAUGAUAAGAAAUGGACGGAAGAGCCCUUGGUUUUUGACGAAGCCGAUCGUUUGGUUUAUCUCAAGGCUGCAUUGGCUGAGACUCUCCGGCUUUAUCCUUCUGUCCCGGAGGAUUUCAAGUACGUGGUGUCCGACGACGUUUUGCCGGACGGUACUCGGGUUCCGGCGGGUUCGACGGUGACGUAUUCGAUUUAUUCGAUGGGGAGGAUGAAGAGCAUUUGGGGGGAUGAUUGCAUGGAGUUUAAACCGGAGAGAUGGCUCUCGCCCGGAGGUGACCGGUUCGAGCAGCCCAAGGAUGCGUAUAAGUUUGUGGCGUUUAAUGGGGGACCCAGAACUUGUUUGGGAAAGGAUUUGGCUUACCUUCAGAUGAAGUCUGUGGCUUCUGCCGUACUUCUUCGCUACCGGCUAUCCCUGGUUCCCGGUCACCUGGUUCAACAAAAGAUGUCUUUGACCUUGUUCAUGAAGAAUGGACUCAAGGUUCAUUUGACUCCACGUCAGCUUUCGCCUCCAGCUGCUCCCAUGGUUGCCAUGUCAGCAUGAUGAAGUAAUGGAAAAUAAAAAGGAAAAAGAAAAUGGGAAUUUUGAAAGAGAAAGCAUGGGAUUUUUCUUAAAGAAUUUAAAGUGAAGGGUUUAUAUGCCAUAUGUGAUUGAAUUUGUUUUACACAUAUAAAAGUUGUAAUUGUGUUUGGAUAUUUAUCGAAUUGUUGUCAAGAUUUGAGAAUUGUUAUUAUCCUACUUAAAUGUAAACAGAUAUAUAUAUAUAUAUAUAUUGUCAUUUAUGUAUCAAAAACAAAUACAUACAUGCAUCGAUCUCUAGUCCGUGCGGACGAUAAUGCCUUAAUAUAUCCUGACGGUUUUCUGCG